GCAGAGUGCACUGUAGCCCCAGUCGCAAUGGAGGAAAGUGACCACGAGGUUCACUCUUCAUCAGACGAGCAGGAUUCCUGCCCUGCCUCCCCUAAUCACAGCAGGGACCAUGAUGCUGAACAGCAUUCAAGCCAAGCGUCAGACGACUCAGAGGUGGAGAACAUUAUGCAAGACCCUCACCACCCAGGAGGGCAUGGCCACCACCACCAUGACCACAAGCACCAUCACCACCAUGGCCACGAGCCUCAUGAUGCAGACAGGGAGGCUGAGGGCGAAGACCGUCCCCACACCCCGUCAUAUUUGCGGCCCCCCGUGGCUGGUAGGGCGCAGUCAGAUUCAGGGUCAGACCCCAGUUUACCGCAGAGCAGGAGCGUGGAGUUUGACGUGUCGUGCCCCGUCAGUCCCUCCAGGCCCAAGAGCCCCUGGGGUCUCUUUGACCCGUACAGCAAUAAUGAGGACCAGGACAAGGAAUAUGUGGGUUUUGCGACACUGCCAAACCAGGUGCACCGCAAGUCAGUCAAAAAGGGAUUUGACUUCACACUCAUGGUGGCAGGGGAGUCUGGCCUGGGGAAGUCCACCCUGGUCAACAGUCUCUUUCUCACAGAUCUUUACAAAGAUAGGAAGCUUCUCAAUGCUGAAGAGCGAAUCACACAAACAGUGGAAAUCACCAAACACACAGUGGAUAUAGAAGAGAAAGGUGUCAAACUGAAGCUCACCAUCGUGGACACCCCUGGGUUUGGGGAUGCUGUAAACAACACUGAAUGCUGGAAGUCAGUGGCUGACUACAUCGACCAGCAGUUUGAGCAGUACUUCAGGGACGAGAGUGGCCUCAACCGCAAGAACAUCCAGGACAACCGCGUACACUGCUGUCUCUAUUUCAUCUCUCCCUUUGGUCAUGGACUCCGGCCUCUGGAUGUGGAGUUUAUGAAAGCUCUGCAUGAGAAGGUUAACAUCGUCCCCAUCUUGGCCAAAGCAGACACACUCACCCCCAGUGAAGUGAAGAAAAAGAAAAUCAAGAUCCGAGAGGAGAUUGAGCAGUACGGGAUCAAGAUAUACCAGUUCCCCGACUGUGACUCUGACGAAGAUGAGGAGUUUAAGCAGCAGGACACUGAGCUGAAGGAAAGCAUCCCCUUUGCAGUAAUUGGCAGCAACACAGUGGUGGAGGCCAAAGGGAAGAGGGUACGAGGCCGUCUCUACCCCUGGGGCAUCGUGGAGGUGGAGAACACGGCACAUUGUGACUUCGUGAAGCUGAGGAACAUGCUCGUUCGCACGCACAUGCAAGACCUGAAGGACGUGACCCGGGAGACUCACUAUGAGAACUACAGAGCCCACUGCAUCCAGAGCAUGACCCGCAUGGUUGUGAAGGAACGCAACCGCAACAAACUAACCAGGGAAAGCGGCACAGACUUCCCUAUCCCCGUGGCGCCCGGAGUGGCUGACAGCGAAACAGAAAAGCUCAUCCGAGAGAAAGACGAGGAGUUGCGGCGGAUGCAGGAGAUGCUGGAGAGGAUCCAGGAUCAAAUGCACACUCAGAAAGACGCCUAUUAACACAGGACCACAGUCACACUCUGUUUAACUGGGAUAUGAAAGAAGAAAAAAACACCCAGGAAACCUUUAUUCCUCUCCAGAACACUGACAUCCCUACGUGUCCACCAAACCACCACUCGACCUCAUCAACAGCACGUUUCACAUGGAUCAGGGACCUGCGAGGAGGUGGUAAGGUGUUCUGACAUGUGCAGCUCGACGACUCCCUUUGUCCUCUCCAGAGUCUCUGACGUUACAACACCACUGCUGCAAAACACUCAGCCCUCCAGCCAGUUCAGUUCUGUCAAAAGUUUCAAAUGCUACAAAUAAAAACCGGAUUGUUGUCAGCUUCUCUAGUUUGGGGGUUUGUUUAGUCGACUUUAAUGCUAAGGACAGUGAUUUUUCAAAUAUCUGAACUUUAUUUAGCCACAUGAUCACAGGGUUGUUGUUUUAUUCUGAUUAUUAUUUUUCUUUUACGUGAGUUUUAAAUGUGGUGGCCUGCUCAGAUUUUUUAAGCACACUUUUCUGGUGCUAGUGUUUAUUUUCAUUAUCUUUAAAAAGGUCAACAUGCAUAUAUACUGUAAUAAUUUAAUUUUCUAUUUUACAUUGUAUUGUUUUUUCAUCUUUUAUGUGUUCCUGGUUUUAUUUAACUCCACCCUUCUACACUACUUUACAUUAUGUAUGGAUGACUGUUAUAUGCAGAUUUCCCUUCAGCUCAUGUUCUGCUGGUUCAUUUGGUUUCGUUUUUAUGUGAGGAUUGUUGUGACUUUGUUUUAUCAGCGUCUGCAUGUUUCUCAUACCGUAGUUGCCACCUCUGCUGCCUGACAGCAUGGAUGUUAGUGGAUUUGCUCAGUGUUGGCCAGUCUUAACUCGCUGCAAUGCUUACUGCCAUAUCAGCAUUUAAAAAUAAUCCAACUUUUUACAUGACAAAGGAAUCCAUUACUUUGGGGAAUUCCUCAAAACAGAGUCGUUUCAAAGUCGCUUCAUCUUGUGGGGGCUGAUCACGACCAUCAACAGUUCACAUGUGAGAGCUGAUGACAUGACACCUGUUCGUUGUUAGAGGUGAUUAGGACUUUCAAAAGACAAGACCCUUAAUUUGCAUGAGGCAAGUUUCCAAGGGAAGGGCCGCAUCAGAGGCCAUGCAGUGUGUUUAUUUUUGCAUGUGUUAUUGUGAAGGUCACUCAGAUUGCAGAUCAAUUAAGUGAUCUUACGGUUAUUUAUGGGCAAUAAAAAUAUGUAGCUAUUCAAUUGUUGGGGAAAUUGAGAAGGGUUUUCUUUUGUUAGAAUUAUAUCCUCAUUUCAAGGGAACGUAUAAGUUGGAUGUGUUUGUAACCUUAAUAACCAAAGCCAACAAUGACAAACUUCACUGUCCUCAAUUUGGGAUUUUGUGUGACUUUUGUGUUUUAUUGACAAGAAGAAUAUUGCUUUGGGAAACUUAUCAAAGCCAAGAGUAAUGAUGAAAACUAUGGAAUGAACUUGAUUCUCUCGCUAAGUGUUUCUGUUUUUCACCCCCCCCCUUUUUUUUUUAUUUAAUGACUCUGCCUUGUUGUGUGACCUUUGUUAUGUAAAAAAAAACAAAAAACACAUUCCUUGAGCUUGUGUCCCAGAGUCAGGUAUUACGUCUGUUUUUGAAUUAUUUUCUAUUAAAUUUGUCUUUUGUUAUUCUACUUUUUGGAGUAUAUUUGUGUAAUAAAUUUAUAAAUGAACUGCGGAUGGGGAGGGCAAUAUGUACAAAUUCUAAUAUUGUAAUAAAUAUGAAUAUAAUUUCAC